AUGGCGAUCUUCAACAUCGAACAAAAGAAGGCGCUGAUAAGCUACAUUCUCCAGGCCAGCGACAUCAACUAUGGAAUUAGUUUGAUGGAGCUUCGUAAGCUCCCGUAUGAAUUUGCUCGGAAAGUUGGCGCGUCGUAUCUGGAUCCAUGGAACGACAAUCAACAGAGUCGUGCGAAGCGAUUCAACAAAGAGAAUGUCGAUGCAUUCUUUGCCAACCUAUCAUCCGUUCUCGGUAAGACGCCGUUUGAACCUCACCGAAUAUGGAACAUGGAUGAAACCGGGUGCCCGACCGUGCCAACCAGACCUGUCAAAACCAUCGCGCGCAAAGGACAAAAGCAGGUCGGCUCAUCAACAUCUGCCGAAAAAGGCACCAAUGUGUCUUUGGCUUUGGCCGUCAGCGCUAGUGGCCAGUCUAUACCGCCAUUCUUCCUCUUUCCUCGAGUCAACAUGAAAGAGAUUUUUAUGACUCAUGCGAGUCAUGGCGCUGUUGGUGUUGCGAACGGUUCUGGUUACAUGAACUCUGACGUAUUCCCUCAAUUCAUGCGUCAUUUCAUCAAGCACACCGGUGCUAAUGCCGAUUCGCCAACCAUCGAUCGAGGCGAUAGAUUUGGCCCGCUAUAUGUUGCGGUAUUUGCACCGUUUAAAGGCAUGAUGACCGUGAAGCAUGAUGCAAGGAAAAAGUCCAACAUUGGUGUCACUUUCGAUCUGCAUCAUGUGCCGCUCCUUGUCGAUCAGUGCCUCGAUGUUAUGUUAACGCCGAAAACCAUCAAAUCCGGCUUCCGAACAACUGGCAUCUACCCGUUCAACCCGCAAAUUUUCACUGAAGUUGACUUUGUCGCUUCGGAACUGAGCGGCGAAAAUUUGUUCGGUGACAAGAGAAAGACGCCGACAAUCAACGUCGAGUUCUUGCCUCUGGUGAUGCCAUUGUGA